UUGGCCACUGCCGUGGAGAGACGCGGGUGCCCGUUGCGAUCGUAUUUUUUUGUUUAACAUGUCGAAGUGCCUGCGGACCAAAGUUAGUGGAAUGUAUAGGUCGUAAUUUUGGUGUAUUCGGUUUGUGUUGGUGCUUUUGACUUAUUUUUAGUGGUAGCUUGUGAUAUGCGCGUUUAUUAAAGCAAUAAUUUGUAAUAAAUUAGAUAAAAAAAAUAGUAAAGGUAGAUAAAUCUAGUUUGAUCGUCCUAGAGGCGUUGGCAUAGGUGUUCCUCGUUAGAGAGACCUCGUCAGGGAUGGUGAUGGCCAGCGGGGGUGGUGGCGGGCUGGUUCAGUCCCCACCCGACAUGAUGCACCACCACAACAUUAUGGACACCUCGUCACACGUGGAGAUGAUGCCCAAAAAACUCCGGCUGUCGCUAUGCGUCGGCUGCGGCGGGCAGAUCCACGACCAGUACAUCCUGCGGGUGGCGCCCGACCUGGAGUGGCACGCCGCCUGCCUCAAGUGCCAGGAGUGCCGCCAGUUCCUCGACGAAUCCUGCACCUGCUUCGUGAGGGACGGGAAGACGUAUUGCAAGAGGGACUACACUAGGUUAUUUGGCACAAAAUGCGACAAGUGCGGCGCGUCGUUUAGCAAGAACGACUUCGUGAUGCGCGCCAAGACGAAGAUCUACCACAUCGACUGCUUCCGAUGCUGCGCGUGCGCGAGGCAGCUUAUACCUGGUGACGAAUUCGCGUUAAGAGAAGGAGGUGCUUUAUAUUGUAGAGAAGACCACGAUGUAUUAGAAAAGAGCGCGAACACGAGCGGUUCGAGUGCGAACCCUGAGAGCAAUAACAACACCACCCUCAGCAAUAACAACUCGCAUCACCCGCACGAGCUUGGCUCCAUGUCAGACUCGGGCAGCGAGUCGGGCUCGCACAAGAGCGGGCGCGCGCGCACGUCUGCCGCCGCCGAUGGGAAGCCCACGCGAGUGCGGACUGUGUUGAACGAGAAACAGCUGCAUACGCUCAGCGACUCGGAGAAGUCGAGCGCGCGCGACGGCAAAUCCACGCGCGUGCGCACCGUGCUAACCGAAAAACAACUGAGAACGCUGGGAACUUGCUACGCAGCGAAUCCUAGACCUGAUGCUUUGAUGAAGGAACAGCUAGUAGAAAUGACCGGCUUAAGCCCGAGAGUCAUUAGAGUAUGGUUCCAGAAUAAACGCUGUAAGGACAAAAAGAAGACGCUGCAAUUGAAAAUGCAAAUGCAGCAGGAGAAGGUGAUGAUAGAUUCUGAAGGCCGCCGUCUAGGCUACAUGUCGAUGGGCGUGCCGCUGGUGGCUGGCUCCCCUGUGAGGCACGAGGCCGCCGCGCUUCCGCUCGAGGUGACGGCGUACCAGCCGCCGUGGAAGGCGCUGUCUGACUUCGCUUUACACGCCGAUCUUGACCGGGCACCUCAUCAUAGCGCUGCAUUUCAGCAGCUUGUAAAUCAGAUGCACGGCUAUGAUAUGCCUUCGCUCCCUCCACCACGACCACCUCACUGUGGAGAAGACAACUACGUAACGUACCUCGAGAGCGAUGACAGCCUUCCUCCUUCCCCCUAGUGUCGUCUCACCUAACCGCCUCCGAAAGAGCGAGACAGGGGAACCAACCUUCUCGUGCGCCACUUGGAAAUGGAAUAUAACUUGUUGUUGAAUGACUAAUUCGGAGACGGAUAAAAAAAGCACUAAGUGAACUCGAAUAAUCCACUCUACUAUGUCAUGUUUGGUUAAAAAAAAAGUAUAGAAAGAAAAUAUUUUACGUUCUUCUGUUUAAAUGUUUUCAUUAAUCGCUUAGUGUUUACGAAUACGAUCCAGUUAAUAUAAACAAUGAACAUUAUCUAAAGGCAGUGCAGUUAUUAGAGAAAUAUUAUGUAUUUGUUGUGCAUAAUUAAAACAAAUUUUUGUACCUAUCGAUAGAAUAUAACUUAACUUUUUUCUUUCAUACUUAGCUUAUUUUUUUAAACUAACAGGGUCAGUGCAAAUUAUUUUUUUAGUUUUCUUGCCUCUUUUUCCUUGCAAAGAUUUAAAUUAUGUAUGUGAUGCUUACCACUAGUUUUACUAGAUAAAGAUAAAGUUAAGGCUUAGUUUAUGGGUAUAAUUAUUUUAUUAUUAUCAUGAUCUGUUGGUAUUCAUCUUGAUGUAUAUACGUUUUGUGUAAAUAUUGUAUAAAUUUUUAAACAAUAAUUAUAAAUAUUAACUAGUAUACAAUUUGUAAUAAGCUUAAUAUAAAUAUUUGAAUAGAUUAAAAUAUCCACUUUGACGUUAAAACUAAGUGUAUGUUUUUAAAACAAAAUCAGUCAUUUUUCGCUACCUUAUUAAGUGUAAAUAGUCGUCCGGAAUAGUCUUACGUUUUGAAUGCACAAUCCUAAUUCGUUAAAAGUUUAAUGUACUCUGUCUGUGCAACUAACAAAAAACUAUAAAUUUUUGAUGUAUGAAAGGGUGACGUAUUGUGAUUUGUGCUAUCUUUGAUAGAGAUUACCAGACGUUAAUUUAUUGAGUAGUUAAAUAAACUAUACACUGUACUUAGAUUGUGAGCAUAAUAUUAAUAAAAUUAUUGAGUACUUAAA